AACAAAUAAAUAUUUGGAAUUGUCGGAACACAACCUGUUUACUAUUGUGACGAGUAAAAAAAAAUUAUAUCAAAUUUUUUUAGAUUUUGUUAAAAUAUUGCUAAAGUGCUUGAAUUCUGUGUUAACUUUCUCGUUAAUGUUUGGGGAGUGUAACGUAGCGCGAUGAGCUUCCAAGACGGCCGGGGGUCCGGACCGCCGCCCCACCGCUGGAUGCACUGCCCGCGGAAGGCGGCGAGCCUCGUCGCGGAGAAGUUCCUGGCGUUCAAGACCCCGCUGGGGGCGCAGUUCGACGACCAGGUCCCCGAGGAGUGCCGCUUCUACCCCGGCAUGGUGUUCACCUCCAUGCGCAGCUACAAGGUCUCCAUCGGGCUGUGGAUCGACCUGACCAACACGUCUCGCUUCUACGACAAGCAGGAGGUGGAGACGCAGGGCUGCAAGUACCUGAAGCUGCAGUGCCGCGGCCACGCGGAGACCCCCUCCGAGGACCAGGCGCGGGCCUUCGUGCAGAUAUGCCACCAGUUCCUGUCGCACCACCCCCUGGAGAUCAUAGGCGUCCACUGCACACACGGCUUCAACCGCACGGGCUUCCUCAUCGCGUGCUACCUGGUGGAGAAGAUGGACUUCAGUGUGGAGGCCGCGAUCACCCAGUUCGCCAAAGUGAGGCCGCCGGGGAUAUACAAGGCGGACUACAUCCAGGAGCUGUUCCGAAGGUACGACGACGUGGACGACGCGCUUCCCGCCCCCAACCUCCCGUCCUGGCACACGGAAUCCGACGACUCCAACGGCCACGGAGACAACGGCGCGGCUGCGGAGAAUGACCGGGGUCCCUCGCACAAGCGGCGGAAAAGGGAGUUCCAGAAGAAGGACCCCACGUUCAUGGACGGAGUGUCCGGGGUGACCCCUGUGAUGACGCAGCCGAAGCUCGGACACAUCCAGAAGACGGUGCAGCACUUCUGCGGCUGGACCAGUUCCGGGUUCCCCGGCUGCCAGCCGGUGUCCAUGGACACCACGAACAUCAGUCUCCUCCAGGAGAAGCCAUACAGGGUGUCGUGGAAAGCAGACGGCACCAGGUACAUGAUGCUGAUUCUGGGAGACCGCGAAAUAUAUUUCAUCGACAGGGACAACUCCGUCUUCGAAGUGACGGGGCUGAGGUUCCCGCACCGCAAGGACUUCAACAGGCAUCUCACCAACACUCUGCUAGACGGGGAGAUGGUUAUUGACAAAGUUGGUGGCCAGAACAUCCCAAGGUACCUGGCGUACGACAUAAUCAAGUUCGAGAAUCAAGAUGUUGGGAAAUUACCGUUCUACCCUGUGAGGUUAUCCUGCAUAGACAAGGAGAUCGUGGCGCCGAGGCACGCGGCCAUGAAGGAGGGCCGGAUCGACCGCGUCAAGGAGCCGUUCAGCGUGCGCAUCAAGCAGUUCUGGGACGUGACCCAGGCCCACCGGCUGCUGGACGACAAGUUCUGCCAGAUGCUGUCGCACGAGCCGGACGGCCUCAUCUUCCAGCCGUCCAAGGACCCCUACACGGCCGGCCGGUGCGUUAGCGUGCUCAAGUGGAAGCCCCUGUGCCUCAACUCGGUCGACUUCAAGGUGAAGAUCGUCAUCGAGGAAGGACAGGGGAUCGUGCCCCGGAAGGUGGGACAGCUGUUCGUGGGCGGGAUGGACCGGCCGUUCGCGACCAUGCGCUCCAUCAAGGCCGUCAAGGAGCUGAACAACAAGAUCGUGGAGUGCAAGUUCGAGAACAACCAGUGGGUGUUCAUGCGGGAGCGGACGGACAAGUCGUUCCCCAACAGCUUCGACACGGCGGCGGGCGUGUGCAACAGCAUCCGUGACCCGAUCACGAAAGAGAAACUGUUCGACUUCAUCGAGCACCACAGGUGGCACGACGAUGACCACAGCAUGAUGCCUCCUCCCAGCAAAGUGCGCAGAUGAGACCUCUACAACAAGAAGGCAAAAGAAGUUAAGACUGUGCUUUUAUCAAGCACACACAUCUGGCCGAAAGUUUGAUGCUCAAAGAAGAGAUGAGAGUGAUUACAAAUCGAACAUGACUGUAUAUUUAUAUUUACCAUGUAGCCAGUAAGUUUUUAUGUUACAGACUGUGAGGCUUUAUAGUUUUAACUGGGCUCUUUUUUUUUUAUUUGCAGUGGAUUUAAUUGUUAAUAGACCUAAUGUCCUAAUUGUUUAUAUUUAAUUGCAGCUGUCUUAUCAGGAAAGUCAGAUAUAGAAUAUUUAAUCACAAAAUUUUUGAUGCUUUUAUAAGAAGUUCCAUUGAAAAAAGUGUAUGUAAUUUAAAUGUGUUGCCAAAAAUCAAAUGGAUGGAUAUAUGUAAUUCAAAUAUGGGCACAAUAUUAAAUUAGUAUGCCUUGUGAUAAAAUGACACAAGUUUAUUUUAAUGAAUUUAAUUUGCAUACAUGUUAACAAGUAUUUCAAAAUUUUAGUUCUGAUUGGAAAAACUUUUAAAGAAUAAUUAUACAUGUAUUUGUUGUUGUGAAAAUGGUUAUCUUCAGUGAACAUUAGAGAUUUUUAUUCCUUAUAAGCAGUUGCUUUCACUACAAUAUUGUAAAUGUAAAGCAAAGAUCUAGAUGAGAAAUAUUUGGGAAAAAAAAAAAAAUAUAUUACUUGAAUAGUAUUAUUAUUGUUUGUGAUGCAGUGGAAUUUCAUUAUUACAAACGUUUGGCAUAACGCCCGUGAUUAACAUUCCCCCCCCCCCCCCCCCCCCCCCCCCCCCACACACACACAAAUGUGAAACUGUACAUCAAAAUAUGUCGUUAUUACAGAUAUCUCUGUCAAGAAAUAAAAGAGUUUGUAAAAGUAUAAAACAUACGUUCUUCAUAAAAACAAACAAGAUACUCAAGAAAAAGCAUAUUCGACCACCUGCUAUCAUUAAAACAGGAAUAAACUAGAUCUCUCAACAAGCUCCAGAGCAAAUUGAUUAUUAGACAUGGGUUAUAACUACACUCUUUUAUCACAUAAUGGUCAAACCCCUACUUUACAAACUUGACUUUAGAAUAAAAUGUGCAACAAUUAUGCGAGAAAACACGGUAUACAAAAUUACAGAAAGUUAAAGCAUAGUGAAAAAACACUUUCUUCCCAAAUCUGUGGUUCAGAAGGCAAUGGAAAACUGAUAGGGAAAGAAGUACACAUCAAGACUAAUGGAAAUGAUAUAUGCGAAAAAUUUCCUAAAGAUAUAGUUUGUUCACAAUUAAUUUUGCAGCAAACCUAUCUGUAGCAUUUGUUAUAGAUACUGCAGUGAGAAAGUCGUAGGUAUCCUAUUCAUAUUGGGAAUCCAAAUUUCAAUUAUCACAAAAUUUUUAGGUGUGAAUAACAGAUGUGAACAGUGAGAGCACGCUACUGGCUCACAACGAGAAACUUAGCCAAGUGCACUUUCAAAUGAUUUCUCACAUUUUGCCCAUAAAAUAAAGUCUAAAUUAAUCUGUUGAAAUAUAUCAUUGAAACUGGGACAUUCAGUGUUUUUAAAGGAUACUUUUCAGAGCCCUACAUUAUGUUCUUAGUUAAGUAACAAUUCAGUAUAGUAGUACUUUCACAAUUACAAAUGUGUGUAUUUCAGUUGUAAUGAGACUUCACUGUGCACAAGUUGAAACAAAAAUCUGAACUUGAUCGUAAUAAAUACUUUCAGUUUAUAAUUCUGAUUAGUUUAUUACAUGUAUGACCUGUGGUAUUGGAGUCAGUUUAACAUUGAUACAAUUAAUUAACAUAAAGAGAAAUACUUAUUGAAACGAUGAUUAGAGACUAAAAUAACCUUACCAUUAUUUUUUAUGCUGUUAAUUUUUCUUGUAUCACAUAAGGUAUUUAUACAAUUCAAUUUUGAGUUAUUUUUUUUACGAGGCAGUAAGAGACCCCUAGUAUGAACAUGCGUUUUUGGGAUUCUAAAUUGUGUGAACUUCUUUAAUACAUUGUUUAUAAUGAUGGUUGAGGCACAUAAUUUAGAUAAUAAUGAAAAUGAAUGAUUAAUUGAAAGCAUUAAAAAUAUGUUAUGUUGCAAGAGAGAAAAUUGCUGAAAACUCAUAGUUGGUUUUCACCAAUUUUUCCUCUUGCUAUGUAAUAUUUUUGAAUAGUUUCACUUUUAAUAAUUCAUUUACAUUAUAUGCAAAUUAUAAACAAAGUAUUAAAGAAGUUAUAUGCUAUUUAGCUUCCCAAAAUGCUUGUUCAGACCAGGGGUAAAUAAAAAAACCCCUUAAGUAAAUGAAGUUUUUGGACAGUGAACAACUUAUUUGAGUUUCAUUUAAAACUUUGCCAGAAUAUUCUUGUUGGCAUGUUAAAAUUUGCCAAAAACGAAUUUUAUGAAAUAAAAAAAAAUCAUUACAACCAUAAAUAAAAUAUAUUGAUUAUCAAUAUAACAAAUCUAAUUAAAAAAAAAACACUAUGUUUAAUAAACGGAUGUUUUUAAAUUUAAUGAAGAAACUAGUAAUUUAUUUUAGUUGUGAGAUGACUACCAACAGCAAUGAGCUGGGGUGGUAGCCACCAUACAUAAAAAUGACAAUUAACAAAUACAAAACAAAAAGAAUUUGCACAUUGACACACUAUCUGAAGUUAUAUCUAGUGUAAAUAAUUUAAGCAUAAAGUAAAAGAUAAUAUUAUGCAUUACAACACUGUGGAAUAUACUACAUGUAACUAAGGUAAGUACAGAACAUAUAAUAUUAUGUAGAUAAUUACAGUUAGUAGGUAUACAUAGAUUGAUAUAAAAGAUAUCUAGUAUUAAAUAAUUUAGGGAAAAAACACUUGAACAUAAAGAUGAUUAGGUAAAUAAUUUUUUGAACCAAGUUUUUUCUCUCUGGUAGGUUUUAAAUUAUUAACAAGUCUAAAUAUAAUAUCAUUUGUAUUUAAGUGAACAUAAAAAAAGGUGGGUUACAGGUAUUAAAUGAAGGAAUUUUAAUGCCAGUAACAUCAAAUAUAUGAGGACAUAUAUAAGAUUACCAUUAUAACAAUUGAAAACAAAUAUGGCAUCUAAGAUUGUUCUUCUAGUUGACAAUGAACCAAGGAGAGAAUUUAAAUCUAUGUUAUUGAUGGUAUUUAAUUUUUUGUUAAUAUAGUCAGAUACUGUAGAUUGAAUCCUAUAAUUACUACUAAAUGGAGAUGGAAUAAAUAUUUAAAUUAUUACUUCAUAAGUUGAAUUAUUUAAAAUGAUGGUGAUAAAAGUAAAGUAUAUUAGAAUAAUAUACGUUUAAACGGAAAAACCAAUUAGAUAACAACUCACCAAAACUUCCUAUUGAUUGAGUAACAAUUAACCAAAUUAUCAUCAACUACCACAUUAACUAACAUCCUACUCAACUAAAAAAAUAAUAAGAACAAUUAAGCUCACUUAAAUCCGGUCUACUUGA